AUGGCGCCUCCCACCACGGCUGCGCCCACAGCGGGUGUGAACCUUAAACCACGGUACACGACGCCCAACCUGGAGAGACUAAAGAGCAUGAUGCCCAAGAGCACACUCCCUGCACCGGAUGGCCUCCAGCUCAAGUUCGUUGGCCUCGGAAUUGGUACACAGAACUACACUUGCACGACGGGCGUUCCUACUGCGGAGCCUGGCACCACAGGCGCACUUGCAAAGCUAUACGACAUCGGCACCCGUCUCAACUCUGAUCCAUUUGCGAAAGCAAAGAUUGGCACCAUCUCCGGCCUUGCCCUCCAGUUCCACAACUUCCCCAAGUUGCUCGACGGAUAUCUCAUGGUCCAGGGCUACCAGCGCGUGCUCGGCGACCACUACUUCACCGGAUCAGUUCCUACAUUCGCCUUGAACAAGGUUCCGGCAAACCCCUUCCCUCUUGCUUUUGUCAAGAAAAACGCAGACGCCGAUGCUCCCAAGUCGGCGUGCCCCGGCACCAAGAACGAGGGCGCCAUCAAGUGGCUCCACCUCAUCGACAAUGGCAACAGCCAGGGCGGGGUCAAUGCCGUCUACCGCCUUGAGACUGCAGGAGGCAACAAACCCAAGACGUGCGACGGCCAAAAAUCCUCCUUCGAGGUGCCGUAUACAGCGCAAUACUGGGUCUUCGGACCGAAAUGA